UUCACAAAUUUAAGAAUUUAUGAGGCAUGGAUGAAAACACCCCUUGUUGGAAAAAAGGGGGCUAGAAGUAGGGAGAGAGAGAAAUCCAAGGCGACGCCAUUUCAUCUUCUUCUUCGUCUUCCUCCGUUCCAAUCCAAUGAAGCGAGGGUUAGAGUCAAUCGAAAUAUCAGACGAGGAGUGGUCCAAUCACGACUUCGAUUCCUCCCGAAUCCUCACCAAACCACCACCCUCCUCCUCUGCUUCUAAAGCACCACCGCGAAUCGAGUCUUUCGCUUUCAGAGCCCGAACCUCUACUUCCUCCGACUCCUCUGACUGUGUUGAAAUCAUCAACCACCAGCCGCAGCACGAGGAGGUUUUGGAGGACGAUGACUUUGAACAGCCUCCCUCCACCACCAUUGCCAGCCGCGGCCGGAGGUUUGUAAUUGAUGACGACGACGACGAUGACGAUGAAGAUGAAUAUGACGGAGGAGAGAAUGAUGAUGUUGUUGGAAAAGCGUUGCACAAGUGCGCCCAGAUAUCUGCUCAACUACGGAGUGACCUCUACGGGUCAUCAUCAUCAUCUUCUUCUGCUCAUGCGUAUGCUGAAGUUGACGCUUCCUCUCUCAGAAUCGUCACUCAUGAUGAUAUAUGUGAAGCAUGUGGAGCUGGGGAUUCUGGAUUUCAACCUCUUCUUAAACCCUACCAGCUUGUUGGUGUCAAUUUCCUCAUGCUUUUGUACAGGAAGAAAGUUGCAGGAGCAAUAUUGGCAGAUGAGAUGGGACUUGGUAAGACUAUUCAGGCGAUAACAUAUCUUACUCUGUUGAACCACUUGGAAGAUGACCCGGGACCUCAUUUGAUCGUAUGUCCUGCUUCUGUUUUGGAAAACUGGGAACGAGAACUUAAAAAAUGGUGUCCUUCAUUUACCGUUCUUCAAUACCAUGGAGCUGGAAGAUCAGCUCAUUCUAAACUCUUGAACUCUCUAUCCAAAAGUCGAAUGCCACCCCCGUUCAAUGUCAUUCUCGUAUGUUACUCCCUUUUUGAACGACACAGUGCACAACAGAAAGAUGACCGCAAAGUCCUGAAACGUUGGAAAUGGAGUUGUGUUUUGAUGGAUGAGGCUCAUGCUUUAAAGGAUAAGAACAGCUACAGAUGGAAAAACUUGAUGUCUGUUGCAAGAAAUGCUAAUCAGCGUUUAAUGCUUACAGGGACUCCUUUGCAGAAUGAUUUGCAUGAGCUAUGGUCGUUGUUGGAGUUCAUGAUGCCUGAUUUAUUUGAAACAGAAGAUGUUGACUUGAAAAAGCUGUUAAACGCGGAAGACACAGAAUUGAUUGCUCGGAUGAAGUCAAUAUUGGGCCCGUUUAUUCUAAGACGCUUGAAAUCAGACGUUAUGCAGCAGUUAGUUCCAAAGGUUCAAAGGGUUGAAUAUGUUCACAUGGAAAAGGAACAGGGAAACGCUUAUCAAGAAGCCAUUCAGGAUUAUCGUGCAGCUGCACAUGCUCGUAUGGCCAAGUCUGCUCAUCUUCCUCGCCGGCAGAUUUCAAAUUAUUUUGUUCAGUUCAGAAAGAUUGCAAAUCAUCCAUUACUGGUGAGGCGCAUAUACACAGAUAAGGAUGUUGUUCGAUUUGCUAAAAUGUUACAUCCCAGAGGUGUAUUUGGUGAUGAAUGUACCUUGGACAGAGUAAUUGAAGAGCUUAAGAGUUACAACGACUUUUCUAUUCACAGGCUUUUGCUUUAUCAUGGUGAUGGUAAUUCGGAAAAUCUUUCAGAUGAGCAUGUUCUGGAUUCUGGAAAGUGCCGGGCUUUGGCUGGAUUUCUGCCUACACUUGUUGAUGGUGGGCAUCGGGUUCUUAUUUUUAGUCAAUGGACCUCAAUGCUUGACAUCUUAGAGUGGGCUCUAGAUGUAAUUGGGGUUACCUACAGACGUCUUGAUGGCAGUACCCAGGUAACAGAAAGGCAAACAAUUGUGGACACAUUCAAUAAUGAUACCUCUAUAAAUGCAUGCUUGCUCUCCACAAGAGCUGGAGGGCAGGGUCUGAAUUUGACUGGAGCUGAUACCGUCAUCAUACAUGACAUGGAUUUUAACCCUCAAAUUGACCGUCAAGCCGAAGAUCGUUGUCAUCGCAUUGGUCAAACCAAACCUGUUACUAUUUACAGGUUGGUAACAAAAGACACCGUUGAUGAGAAUGUGUACGAGAUUGCAAAAAGGAAACUAGUACUUGAUGCAGCUGUGCUGGAGUCGGGGGUCGAAGUCGAAAACGAAGGCGAAUCUUCGGACAAGACCAUGGGAGAGAUACUUUCAGCUUUGUUGUUGGGAUGAGAAAAUACUGCUGUUUCUUUUUUUUGCAAUGAUACCUUAAUCACAUCAAACUGAGCAUGUUAAACUAUAUUCUCAGAGUUGAACCCACGCUUCACUGAUUAAAUGAUUAUUUAGGGUCGAGUUUGAUUUAUAUUGAUCAGUCUAACAUUGUUUUUGCUAUUUAGAUCGGGUUUGAUUUUA